CACAGCCGCAGCAGUCGCGUUCAGUUCAUUCCAAGUGGAACUUCGUUUUGUGAGGCAUCAUCACCGGCUUCUCGUAAACCCUCUCCAACAGUCGUUGCUCUGCUAACUCUUCAAAAAUGCGUGAGUGUAUCUCAAUUCAUGUUGGACAAGCUGGCGUGCAGAUUGGCAACGCCUGCUGGGAGUUGUACUGCCUGGAGCAUGGCAUUCAGCCCGACGGCGAAAUGCCGUCAGAUAAAUCCAUCGGCAGUGGUGAUGACAGUUUCAAUACUUUCUUCAGCGAGACUGGAGCUGGCAAGCACGUCCCUAGGGCAGUCUUUAUUGAUCUCGAGCCAACAGUAGUCGACGAGGUUCGAACUGGAACGUAUCGCCAGUUGUUCCACCCCGAGCAGCUAAUAACCGGUAAAGAGGAUGCUGCGAAUAACUACGCGCGAGGUCAUUACACCAUUGGAAAGGAGAUCGUGGAUUUGGUUUUGGAUAGAAUUCGAAAACUCGCCGACCAGUGCACUGGGCUCCAGGGUUUCCUGAUCUUCCACUCGUUCGGCGGUGGCACCGGCUCGGGAUUCACUUCUCUCCUCAUGGAGCGUCUCUCAGUGGACUAUGGAAAGAAAUCUAAACUGGAAUUCGCGAUCUACCCGGCUCCCCAGGUCUCCACCGCCGUCGUCGAGCCCUACAACUCUAUUCUGACGACCCACACCA